GCAACUUCCGGCUGUCGAUACAUUCGCUAGCUAGCCCAGGGCUAACGGAACCAUUCAUAGAAAGCUACCUGUUUUUGAGUUUAUUUCUAGGGUCUGGGGGAUUCUUCCACGCAUUCUGUCAACAUGGCUUUACUUACGCCUUUAUUUGCUUUCCUGUACCACCUCCCGCAGGUCUAUAAGUGGCUGCUGAAGCCGUACUAUGUAGCUUCUCUCUUCAUGUCUGUAGCCUUCCUGACAGUCCGUAAAACGCCUGGAAUCUGCGACCAUCUGGCCUCACAGCGGGAGGACGGGAACUCCUGCGACUUUGACUGGAGAGAAGUGGAAAUCUUAAUGUUCCUCAGCGCCAUCGUCAUGAUGAAGAAUCGCAGAGCAAUAACUGUGGAGCAACAUGUGGGGAACAUCUUCCUCUUCAGCAAAGUGGCCAACGUAAUCCUGUUCUUCCGACUGGAUAUCAGGAUGGGCCUGCUCUACCUGACGCUCUGCCUAGUGUUUCUAAUGACCUGUAAACCCCCUCUCUACAUGGGACCAGAGUACAUCAAAUACUUCAGUGACAAAACCAUUGAUGAUGAGCUGAACAAGGACAGUCGUGUGACUUGGAUUGUUGAAUUUUUUGCCAACUGGUCUCCAGAGUGUCAGUCCUUCGCUUCAGUGUAUGCUGAUCUCUCUCUAAAGUAUAACUGUGCUGGCCUCAAGUUUGGGAAAGUUGACAUUGGACGUUAUGGAGAAGUUUCCAAAAAGUACAAAGUGUCAGCAUCUCCUCUGUCCAAGCAGCUUCCAUCCUUGGUGUUGUUUCAGGGGGGGAAGGAAGUAAUGCGUCGCCCCCAGGUGGACAAGAAAGGCAGAGCUGUAUCUUGGAGCUUCACUGAGGAAAACAUCAUCCGAGAAUUCAAUCUGAAUGAGCUUUACCAGAAGUCCAAAAAGUUCAGUAGGAGCAAAGCUGAGAAGCUGAGCCCAUCCCAGUUCCCACCGGUCCCUGAGGAGGAGGAGCCUGAGCAGUCAGGAGCUGAGGUCCAGGGGGAGGACUCUGAAUCCAAGAAAGACAAAUAGGAUGGUUAGCAUCACAAAGCUUGAACUUGUAGUAUGAGACCAAUCACCUGCCUCAUCUGCACUCUUAUCAGUGUUUGACCCGCUCUGUAGAUUUUAUAGGGCUGUGAUAACUACAUCCAAUUAAACAACAGAGGUUCCUGAACUAAUCAGUAAUACUAAUCAGUAAUGAACUUCAUAAGUCAGUGGCUUUAGCCACUACAUUACUCUUGACAUAAAGCAGACUUGCAUCAGUUAUCAGUGUUUUAGCAUGCUGACAUUCCCGCUUGGAGGCUGGGCUGGAGAAACUGUGUUGAAUCAGCUUUACUCUGUUUCUAUAGAACCCAUUGUGUCCCACAGAAGCAUUGGUUCACUGUGAGGACCAUGAGUCCAGGCAUGAUUUGAGACAUUAAUGCAGUCAGUGAUCUUUGGUUUUAAUGAUCUGCUUUUAGUAAUAAUCAAGUUAACAUAGAGCUUCUUUUAACAUUCCAGCCCUGAACUGUUGAACACAGUUUAGGGCUUUUGUUUUUGAAUGCACUGAGUUUGUUCCUUUUGUAUAAUGUUUCUAAAAGUAUUAUUUUUGAAGGUAGAUUUUACAUUUGUGUCAUGCUGAAUUUCUGUAGAACUUCCUUCACACCUGUAGUUAUUUAUAUUUGUGUAAAGUAUGUGCAGGAGUUGCUGCCUUAGAAAAGUUUGGCCUCAUUUGUUACACAACAAAUAAAACAAUAUGCACACAA